CAGUCAGCACAGCUCUCUCCUGAAGCUUCAGAGCGUCGGGAGUUGCUGCUUCUUCACACAUUUUCUUGGAUAUACCAUCAUCUCGCCAAAAUGAGACUUAUUUAUGUUGCUGUCUUGGUUGCGGCUUUGUUGACAGAAAAUCUAGCGCUUCCAGUGGGAAAAGAAGGGCAGAGAGAAGAUGUGGUCACACGCUGUUUGGUUGAAGUCCUCUCCAAAGCUCUCACCAAACCGGACUCCAGGCUGGACCAGGAAUGCAAAGACAUUCUCCAAGCAGGGGUUAAACAUGCCCCACUGGACAAGAAAAGUGGAGACGGGAUAGUAACUCAUGGAGAGCUGGCCAUAGGUCAACCCGAGGAGCCUCAGGCGAAGGGAACCGAUGUGAAAGACAUCGAAGCUUUCUUGAAAACCGUUGAGGAAAAAAGAGAAAUCCCAGAAUACGAAAGCAGCCAGGAAUCCUGGAGUCUUGGUGACGAGAAGGAGAAGAGACACGAGAACGAAGAGGAAGAACAGCGGGAGAAGAGGAGCGGCUGGAGGCCUGGGAGAUACCACCAAAAGAAACACAAACGAGACCAAGAAGAAGUAGAGGGGGAGGAGCCAGAGGAAGAGCGUAGCCAAGAGUCCUGGGAUGUAGACAAAAGGAACGGGGGCGAGGACGAGCAGGAGAUAUCAAAGCGCAUAUGGAAGCCAACACAUCGUUAUCACCACAAGAAAAAGCUCCACAAACGUGGUGAAGAGGAGGAAGAAGGUGGCGAGCGCAGCCAGGAAUCAUGGGGUCUUGAUAAGAGGGGCUGGAGACCUGGAAGGUACCACCAGACACGACACAGACGUGAUGAAGAACUCGCAGAAGAAGCCAGGGAAGAGCCCGAUGAAGAGCGCAGCCAGGAAUCCUGGGGUCUUGAUAAGAGGGGCUGGAGGCCAGGAAGGUACAACCACAGGUGGCUAGGAAGGUACAACCAGGAAGGUACAACCAGGAAGGUACAACCAGUAGAAGCGCGAGAAGAGCCUGAGGAAGAGCGCAGCCAGGAGUACUGGGACUUUGACACUGGAAGAGACAAGAGAGAGUGGAGGGCCGGCAGGUUCCAUCAGAAGAGACCCAAACGUGAAGAGGAGCUCUCUGAUGGGGAACGCAGCCAAGAGUCCUGGGGCUUAGACAAAAGACAGGGAACAGAAGAGGAAGGAAUAGAAAAGCGUAUAUGGAAACCGACACAUAGAUACCACCAUAAGAAGAAGUACCAUAAACGUGGCGAAGGAUCAGAAGAAGAAGAAGAAGAGGGAGAGCAGAUGGCUGCCUCUGAGGAUUAUGAGGAGGCGGGAAAGGACGGGGACGACGCAACAAGGUAUCUGGCAGAGAAGCGCAAUCCCUGGAUUUACAGAGGUUUCUACCAUCCUGCAGCAAACUCAAACAAGAUGGACGAACUGGCCAAGUUGCUGGGCUAUAAGAUAGACCAGCUGGCCAACCAAUCAAACCAAGAGGAGCCAAAGAAGAGCAUGCACCAGAGAGUACCCACCCCGCGGGAGAAGGAGCUGGACAACCUAGCAGCAAUGGACACGGAGCUGCAGGAAAUCGCUGCCAAGUUGCAUGACGACAGCGAAUAAACCAAGAUGGAAGAGCUGCUAGCUUACUGUAUGUUAGCUAAUUUAGUGUUUAAAAGACAAAAACAUCCAUAAAGUCUGGAGCCUUGCCAAAAGCAUUUGACCAACUUGUUUAUCAUAGUAUUUGUGAUAUUUUGAUGUAUUGAAAUGUACUGAAAAUGAUCAGCAUGGGAAUGGGUUUGAUGUUUAUAUACAUGUAAUAAGAAAACUUAGAGAUUCGAAUAUAUCUGAGAAAAAUUACUCAAAUUGUGUUCUAAUGAGUUUGUUCAGUCUGCACUCAAUAAAAGUAGUUAUUCUGGG